AUGGUCGCCGUUAUUGCAGCACCCGCACGAUGGCUGAUGAUGCUGGGAGGAGAACUCUACAAUGCUCCCGUCGGACAGUCACCGCAGAACAUCCUAGACCUGGGAACCGGGACUGGCAUCUGGGCCAUGGAUAUUGCCGAGUAUGUGCCAUCAUCCCCCCUCUCGCUGUACACACUGACCCCUGAUAGAAAGUUUCCCGGCGCACACGUAAUUGGAAAUGAUAUCAGCCCUAUCCAGCCCAGCUGGGUGGCCCCAAACAUUGAGUUCGUCGUCGAGGACUUCGAAAGCGAAUGGCAGUAUAAGAGAAACCACUUCGACUUCAUCCACGCACGAUGCCUGGCAGGAUGCGUGGCCGAUUGGCCGACGUUCAUCCGCCGAAUCUUCAACCACGUCAAGCCAGGCGGGUACUUCGAAACGCACGAAAGUGCCGUAUGGGCCCGAAGCGACGACAACUCCCUAAAAGAGAAAUCCGCGCUCAUGGAAUGGCAGCAGGCCCUCAAUUUCGCCGGCGAAAAGAGCGGUCGCGAGCUGAACAUCUACCAUAAAUUGAAGAACUGGAUGAUCGAAGCCGGUUUCGAAGAUGUCACGUUGCAAGUCUAUGCGCUGCCAUUCUCCCCUUGGCCCCGUGACCCCCAUCUCAAGGCCCUGGGCAAAUACCAGGCUGUGCAGUUGCAGCAGGCGAUUGAUUCAUAUUCGCUGCGUCUGUACACGCAGGUGCUGGGGUGGAGCUCGGAUGUGGCGAAGAUUCAUAAUGCGGUGGUCAAGCAGGAGUUGCGAGACAAGAAGUUGCAUGCAUAUGUUCAAACGGUCGCGGUUUAUGGCAGAAAGCCUCUCAGCCCUUACUAA